GAGGAGGCAGAGUUAGCCAGCCAGUUCGCUGCACUAAAAAGGAGAACCCUAACCCUAACCCGAGGCUGGGGACAUUCGAAGUGAUGAACAUGGGAGCAAACUUGUUUUACCCUCUCAAAACAGCAUUGUUGAUGAAACUUCCCAGGCUACAUCAGUAGUAUGGAAAUGGUUUGGUUAUUGGAAAACUGACGCGGAGCAGAUCAAACCAGUCUGUAAAGUAUGCAAACGGUCAGUGUUAACAAAGACAGGUAAUACAACCAACCUGUUUAAUCACCUGAAAAGAUACCACCCUUAUGAACAAAAAGAGAGCAUGAAACACCGUUCUGUCUCUACCUCAGCUAACGCUGCCUCCUCGUUUCCGUCUGACAGUGCGAGUGCUAACGUUAGCUUUGCUAGCACUAGCAGUGCUUCACAACACCAGCCGUCAACAGUGUCAUCGUUUGCUGCCAUCACACUUUAUGAUAAACAUUCAAAACGGGCGAAAAAUAUAACAAGCGCUGUUGCAUAUUGCAUAGCAAAAGACAUGAUGCCAAUAAACACUGUGGAAAAGGACGGGUUCAAAAAAAUUAAUCAAAGUGUUGGACAGCAGAUAUGAACUCCCUGGCAGAAAGUACUUCUCCCACACUGCACUGCCUCACCUAUAUGAUGCAUGUCGGGCAAAACUUGAACAUGAGCUCCAGAAUGUAACCUAUUUUGCUACAACUACAGACAUUUGGUCCAGUCGGACAUCUCAGCCCUAUUUAAGUCUCACUAUUCAUUACAUAGACGAUAUGUGGGCUUUAUAGAGCAGUUGUUUGCAAACACUAUAUUUCCCAGAGGAUCAUACUGGUGACAUAAUAAGCCAGGGGCUGGAAGAUGCUUUGGUGUCCUGGGGUCUUACAGAGGAUCGUCAGGUUUGCAUAACAACUGACAAUGCCGCAAACAUGGUCAAAGCCACCUCUUUAAAAGGUUGGACAAGACUGCAAUGCUUUGGGCACCGCCUGCAUCUUGCAGUUGAGGGAAGUCUGAAGGACAAACGAGUUGAAAGGACCAUGGGUGUGUGCAGAAAGGUUGUUGGUGCCUUUUCUUUUUCAUGGAAAAAGAAGAAAGAACUUGCUGCUGCUCAAGAGGAGUUUCAACUACCAAAACACAAAUUGAUCCACAGUAUGGCUCGGCGUGUUGCUGUAAUUGGAGGAGGAACCUCUGGCUUGACCUGCAUAAAGUGCUGUUUGGAUGAAGGUCUAGAGCCAGUGUGCUUUGAGAGCAGUGAUGACAUUGGAGGACUCUGGAGGUUUAAGGAGACCCCAGAGGCUGAACGCUCCAGCAUAUACCAGUCACUGGUUGUAAAUACCUCAAAAGGGAUGAUGUGCUUUAGUGAUUUCCCCAUGCCAGCACACUAUCCGAACUACAUGCACCACUCCAUGAUGCUGAAAUAUUUACAGCUGUAUGCCGAGCAUUUUGACCUGCUCAAGUACCUUCAUUUCCAGGUUAUCAUUAGUUAUUUCUUCGUUUCGAACUUCUCUGACACAGGUCAGUGGGAGGUGGUAACUGAGAACAGAGAUGGACAAAAAGGAACACAGGUGUUUGAUGCGGUACUUGUGUGUUCGGGGAGUUUCACACACCCUGUUACACCCCUCUCAGCAUUUCCUGGAAUAGACACAUUUCCUGGGAAGUGUUCUCACAGUUGGGAAUAUAAGGAUCCACAUUCAUUCCAUGGGAAGAAGGUAGUGGUUAUUGGCACUGGUGACUCGAGUGGAGACAUUGCUGUGGAGAUCAGCAGAGUGGCAGAGAAAACUUUUCUGAGCGUGCGUGAAGGAGCAUGGGUUGUGGGCCGCAUGUCUGCUGGUGGUCUGCCUUUGGACAUGAACAUAGUUACACAUCUGAACGCCCUUCUGCUGCAAGUGUUUCCUCCUGCUUUGCUCAACUGGGCAGUGGAGAGAUCUUACAAUCAGAAAUAUAACCACAGGCUGUAUGGACUGCAGCCCAGACACAGGAUACUCAGCCAGCGUCCCGUCAUUAAUGAUGACCUACCAGGACACAUCCUUCAAGGGGUUCUGCAGGUUACACCAAACGUGCGAGAGUUCAGAGGCUCGACUGUUGUAUUUGAUAACGAGGCAGUCGAAGAAGGGAUAGAUGCAGUUGUUUUCUGUACAGGAUACAAGGCAAGCUUCCCAUUCUUACUCCCCUCACAGAACAGCGACCCUGUGGGGAAAGUGAGCCUCUAUAAAAGAGUCUUCCCUCUAUCCCUAGAACGCCCCACACUUGCCUUUAUAGGAUUAAUCAACGCAAAAGGACCUCUAAUGCCUGUAAUGGAAAUGCAGGCACGAUGGGCCACUCGAGUCUUUGCAGGUAUUACAGAGCAGGAGAAAAAAGAUGCCAAUAUUCUUACAAAAUCAACUUAA